AUGAUUCUACCAUCUCAAUUUAGUUUAGAAGAAGAAAAUUUUUAUAAAGAUAUUCAAGAUUUGGUUAAAAAGGGGUCUCAAAAUGAAAAAGAACUUUCUUUGUUUUUAGAACGAUACAAGGAUUUGCUUUUAAGAGCCGAUUUAGAUGAUGAAACAUUUAUAAUAAAUUUUGCAAAAGCUGGACUUAUUAUUGAAGCAUCAGCAAAAGUAUAUGGAGUAAAAGUGGAUAAUUUAUGGUUAAAUUUAGAACAUGUAUUAGAAUCUUUGAAAAAUAAAGGAUCUUUUCAAGGUGGUAAAAAAAAAUUAGAUAGUGAAACUGAAGGAGAUUUAGAUGGUGGAGUUUCAGAUGAUAUUCAAGAUGAUGAAGAUAAACGUAAAGGAAUCGGUUUUAAUAGAAGACGAAGAAAAUUAAAUGAUGCUCUUUUCUCAUGUGAUGAUUUUCAAGAAAUAGACAAUGUAACUGGUCUUCUAGAUGAUAAUAUCAUGUUGGAUGAUUCUGUAAACGAUAAUGCAAUCCCAGGAAAUUUAGAACAUUCUUUUUCUUUAAAUGAUAAAGAAAAUAAUAAUAAUAAUAAUUGUCAAAUUGAAUUACCAAUUGAAUCAAGUAUAAAACUUCCUACAAUCGAUGACAAACCUGUUUUGGGCGAAGAAACCUGUGAAAAAAAUUUAAAUAUUUCUAAAGAAUCGGAUGUGUCAAAAUUUCCAAAUGCCAUGAAAAGUAAAACGGCAGAUUUUCUCGUAGAUGUGGAUGAAAUUUUAUGGAAUCCAUCGAAAUUUCAAGAUGUUAUAUCGACAAAGAAAAUGAGAAUAGGAAGAACGAAUAAAUUGAUGUGUCAACUGUGUAUAAACAAAAAAGUUCACAAAAAGAAAGGAAAAAAAUGUUUACAGGGUAAAAAAAAUGAAUGUUUGGAUUCAUUUUUUACUCCAUAUGUUCAGCCAAAUUUGUCGGAAUCCCAAUUUGGUAUCCUUCCAGACGAAGAACUUUAUUCAGCUUACAAAGCUGAAAUGAAACUUAUAGAACAAUUGAAAAAAGUCGAUUGUCGCACCACUGAAGACGAUUGUGGUUUUGAAGAUAUUGCACUAAAUCAUGAUCAAGUUGAUAAUGAUGAUAAUUGUCCUGAAGAUGUUAAUGAUAAUGGAGAUUUUGAUUUGCCAUUUCCGGUUACUGAAAAUCAUAAUAACCCGACAAUCACAAAUACAGAAGAUCCUGGUGAAAAUAAUUUUGAUCCAGUGUCGUCUGCUGCCGAAUCGGAAUAUCAAAAAUUAGUAAAUGAAGAAUUAAAAGAGCAUUAUGCAGCCAAAUCGAGUUUUGCUCAAAAUAAAGAAUUGGGUGUUAAAAUAGCCAAAUGGUUUGAAAUGAUAGCAGAUAAAAUAAAUUUGUCGCAAAGGAGAGGAGCAUUAAAUAUGAAAUCAUUAGCAAGUAAAAUAAUGAAAAGUUUUCCAUGUCAACCUAGCGAACGUCCUUUAAUGAAAUUUCAAGAUUUGGUCGAAAAUCAAAGUCGAAGAGACGUACCCAGAUAUUUUUUUGCAUGUCUACAACUGGCCAAUGAAGGAAAUUUGGAAAUUUCAAAAUCUAGUACUCAACCCUUGACGACAGAUUGUAUGUUGAUAACAAAAUUAAAAAGUGGGGAGUCAUUAAAUAAUUCAACCGUUUCAACUCCAUCAAAAGUGUUAAAUUCGAGUAAAAUUGAGGUAGGAAGUCCUGAUUUAAUGAGUCAAUCGAAAAGAAAAAGAAAUUCAUGCGAUUCACCCUCACUGGUUGGAAAACAGAAAAAAGUAAAACAAAAAAUUAUAAAAACUUGCAAGAGGCCAAAAAAUUUCAAUUCAGUUUUAAAUGUGAAAAGAAGAAAAUGUUCAGUUUCGAGUGUUGACUCUUUUAUGUCUGCAUGA